GUCAAGGGCAACACAAUAACAGCCAUGUUCUCCUGCAAGACUGAACAGGCAAUGCACGAUAUCGGGAGUACUGUGAGGUUGUCUGUUGCGACACGGAACUAAAUCCUAACGAAAUUCACGAGUCCAGCCGAAUAAGCCAAAUGCCUCACGUGAUGAACGCGUCACAUCGAGUUACCAUAGAAACAGACUCAAACAAGGACCUCAGCUUCAAGGAGAAGGUGCGACGCCAUUUUGCGAAAGGACGCCCAAAAGAUGACAAAGCAAAAUACAUAACACGGACAUUGUUUGUUUUCCAAGCCAUUACUCAACUUCACGUAUCGCUCAAGUUCCUCGUCCCCCAUAUAUUUCAAGAUUAUGACCCUUGGACCCAGUAUUACAUCAAAGUGGGCGUCUGUUACCUCUGCAUAAACGCCGUGGCCAACUGGCUCUGUGUCAUGUUGUACGACACGUCGUUUCAAAGGACAAAGGAUCGUCCCGAAUACUAUGUGGAAGCUGUUUGUGAGAAUAACCCAGAUCACUUUGUUGGUAGAAUCGAAAGUCAGGACAAAAAUGGCAAUAUACCCAGCAAUUCGGACACGGAUGAUUGGUCGUCGUGGGAUUAUUGUACCAUCUGCCAAAUGUCCACUCCGCCACGUGCCCAUCACUGUGACUACUGCAAGAAGUGUAUUCUGAAACGAGACCACCACUGUUUCAUGGUCGGGACCUGUAUAGGCUUUAAGAACCAGCGUUAUUUCAUAAUCCUUGCGUUUUACUCAACCGUUAUAGGUCUUUUAGAAGGGUAUUUCACAGGAAAGUAUUUGUACGACGUAUUUGUACCCAAUUCCUGCUUCACGGACUUCUUUCUCCCGGUGACGUUUUACAGACUGAUCUUUGGUAACAUUGACAUUCUGACCUUCCUGCUGAUAUUCCACUCCCAUCUUUUAGUCCCGAUGGGUUUAAUUGCGUCCAUCUAUUUCGUAAGUCAAAUGAUAAUUGUGUCUCAAGGUCUCACGAUUUAUGAAAUCGCCAAAAAGGUGGCAGUCAAGUGCACUCGACCCGUCAGUGAAAACUUUCGAAGCGUUUUCGGAGACUUCUGGGGACUAAACUUCCUGUUUCCGGCGCAGAUCAUUUUUCGUCAGAGAGAAGAUGGAAAAUCCUGGGACGGCAUGAAAAUCAUGAAGCGAACAAAGGUGGCGAAAUCUUGAUACAGUUGGCCUUAGAUAUAGUGCUUAGUACACCACUGAUGUGAGUGAGUAUGGUAUUACGCCGCUUUUAGCAAUAUUCCAGCAAAAUCACGGCGGGGGACACCGGAAAAUGGGCUUCACACAUUAAAAACAUAUGGGGAAUCGAACCCGGGCCUUCGAG